CCUAACCUAAUUAACUCUGAGAGCUUAAUUAAACCAUGGCUGAGAAAAGCAAGAUUUUGGUGAUUGGAGGGACAGGGCAUAUCGGAAAAUUCAUAGUAGAGGCAAGUGUCAAACUGGGUCACCCCACGUUUGCUUUAGUAAGAGAAAGCACUGUUUCUAAUAAUCCUGAAAAGUCCAAAAUCAUCAACAGUUUCAACGGCCAUGGAGUAACCUUGCUCUACGGAGAUGUUCAUGAUCAUAAGGGUUUGGUGAAGGCUAUCAAGCAAGUGGACGUUGUAAUCUCCACUGUUGGAGCGGAACUAAUGGCUGAACAGCACAAGAUUGUUUCUGCUAUUAAAGAGGCUGGAAAUGUCAAGUGUCUUCAGAGAUUCCUUCCAUCAGAAUUUGGAGGAGACGUUGAUCUGAGCCAAGUAGUAGAGCCUGCUACAGACUACAUCGAGCUCAAGCGCAAAAUACGGAGAGCAGUGGAGGCUGAGGGGAUUCCGUACACCUUCAUUGUCUCCAAUGGCUUUGCUCAAUAUUUCUUAGCAAGCUUGGGACAAUUAAAUGCUAAAGUUCCUCCUAGAGACAAAGUGGUCAUUUUGGGAGAUGGAAACACCAGAGUAAUUCUUCUGGCAGAAGAAGAUAUAGCAACUUACACAAUAAAAGCAGUGGAUGACCAAAGAACUUUAAACAAGAUUCUAUAUAUGAGGCCUCCUGCUAAUGUUUUAUCAUUCAACGACAUGGUUGCUUUAUGGGAGAAGAAAAUUGGCAAGACCCUUGAUAAGAUCAAUAUUCCAGAAGACCAAUUGCUUAAGAACAUCCAAGAGGCUCCUUCUCCACUUAAUUUCAUUUUGGCUAUCAACCACAAUGCAUUUGUGCAGGGAAAUUUUGACAUUGAGGUUCCUUCCGGAGUAGAGGCUUGUCAGCUUUAUCCUGAAGUGAAAUACACUACAGUUGAUAAAUACCUUGAUCAGUUUGUUUAAUUAUGAUUACUGAAUUAAUUUCUUUUUAAUUUGGGAAUUUAUUUUCACCCCAAAUUCCGAUCAUACUUAUGGAUUCUACAUCAACAAUACCCUUUCUCUUCUCUGUAUUAUUUGCUGUUGCUUCUUGUUUGUAUGUGUAAAUCCACUUCUCAUCUACUUAUAUGAUAUGAGCUGCUAUGAAUGUGUGGUUGUCCAUCUGCAAUAAAUUUGA